AUGACACCGAUUUGAUGAAACUUCUUGGCUUCCUCUACCCUGUCUCAACCCCCAUUGAUUCUGUUUUCAGAAAUUACAAUUUUUUACACUCCUUUUUCUCUUCUUUCUUCCCCUUCAUUUUCUUAGCUUUUUAAACGGUAACAGUAAUUCCCCUUUGCUUCAGUUUUCAGUGUUCUUUUCCCACCAUGAUUCUGUUUAAAACUCACCAUAGACAACAAUAAUAGUUAAACCACAUCAUAACAAUCCCCACUCUUCCUCUUCCUCCGUUUUUUCUCUCUCAUUCAUUCCCUGUCUCUCAAAUGGCGAAACAUCAUCUUCCUCCUUCAAAAGCCUUACUCUAUAACUCUUCAUUCCCCUGAGGCUGACUCUCAAAUAUAUUCACACCAAACCUCUUCACUUCCUUCCUCGUCCCUUUCCCUCUCUGCAAAACACAGAAACAAAAAGAACGACAAUGCUUCUCCUUUUCUUCUCUUUUCUCUUCUUCACCUUCCCUUCACCGUCCCUUUCUCUCAACCAAGAAGGUCUCUACCUUCUCCAAGUCAAAGCUUCCCUUUCAGACCCUGACUCUGUCCUUUCCUCAUGGAAUCCUCGUGACCCCACCCCAUGCAACUGGCGUGGCGUUUCCUGCGACUCUGCCACUGGCUCUGUUACUUCCCUCGACCUCUCCUACGCCAACGUUGCCGGCCCUUUCCCUUCCCUCCUUUGCCGUCUCCAAAACCUUUCCUUCGUUAACUUCUUCUACAACAACAUCAAUUCCACCAUCCCUUCCGAUAUCUCCACGUGUCAAAAUCUCGUCCACCUUGAUCUCGCCCAAAACCUACUCACUGGUGAGCUCCCCCACACUUUGGCUGACCUCCCUAACCUCAAGUACCUUGAUUUAACCGGUAACAAUAUAUCGGGAGAUUUUCCCGAGUCUUUCGGGAGAUUCCAAAAGCUCGAGGUUCUGUCUCUCGUUUACAACCUUCUAGACGGUACAAUCCCCGCUUUUUUAGGGAACAUUAGUACGCUCAAAAUGCUCAAUUUAUCGUACAACCCGCUUAGUCCGGGUCGGAUCCCGCCGGAGCUUGGCAACUUAACUAACUUGGAGAUUUUGUGGCUCACGGAGUGUAACUUGGUUGGCGAGAUCCCUGACUCGCUGGGUCGACUCAAGAAACUCACAGACUUGGACCUUGCCCUUAACCACUUGGUGGGCAACAUCCCGAGCUCGCUCACUGAGUUGGCUAGUGUCGUUCAGAUUGAGCUAUACAACAACUCGUUGACCGGUGAGUUACCUCGCGGGUUCUCGAAAUUGACCAACCUGAGACUUCUUGAUGCGUCGAUGAACCAGUUAACGGGAACGAUUCCGGACGAGUUGACACAGCUGCCACUUGAAAGUCUCAACCUUUACCAGAACAACUUUGAAGGGACUUUACCAUCGAGUAUCGCCGACUCCCCAGCUCUGUAUGAACUCAGGCUCUUUCAGAACAGACUCACUGGGGAGUUGCCCCAGAACCUCGGCAAAAACUCGCCUCUCAUAUGGCUCGACGUCUCCAGCAACCAAUUUACUGGUCCCAUACCGCCGAGUUUAUGCGAAAAAAGGAGCCUAGAAGAGCUUCUAAUGAUACACAACUCGUUUUCGGGUCAAAUACCAUCGAGUUUAGCAGAGUGUCGGAGUCUGAACCGGAUCCGACUCGGUUACAACAAAUUAUCUGGUGACAUACCCGCCGGGUUCUGGGGUCUCCCUCACGUCUACUUACUCGAGCUCGUUAAUAACUCCUUCUCUGGUCAAAUUGGGAAAUCAAUCGCAAAAGCAGCGAAUUUAUCUCUUUUGAUUAUAUCUAGGAACGAGUUCAAUGGUUCACUGCCUGAAGAAAUUGGUUUAGUUGAUAAUUUAGUUCAACUUUCUGCUAGCGGCAAUAAGUUCGGUGGGUCAUUGCCUAAAAGCAUAGUGAAGCUUGAUGGGCUAGGGAUUCUUGAUCUUCAUGGGAAUGAGUUGGAAGGGGAGUUGCCUAGUGGGAUUGAGUCCUUGAAAAAGCUAAACGAGUUGAAUUUAGCUGAUAAUAAGUUUUCAGGGAAGAUUCCUGAUGGAAUAGGGAGUUUGUCAGUGUUGAACUAUCUUGAUCUGUCUAAUAAUCAGUUAACUGGGAGAGUUCCUUUGGGUUUGCAGAAUUUGAAGCUUAAUCAGCUUAAUUUGUCGAAUAACUUGUUAUUCGGUGAGUUACCACCUUUGUUUGAUAAAGAAAUGUACAAAUAUAGCUUCAUGGGGAACCCAGGUUUGUGUGGGAAUAUCAGUGGUUUGUGUGUUGGGAGGGAUGGAAACAAGCAUAAAGGUUACGUUUGGUUGCUUAGAUCCAUUUUUAUCUUAGCUGCUUUGGUGUUUGUUGUUGGUGUGGUUUGGUUUUACUUCAAAUACAGGAGUUAUAAGAAAGCUCAGGCUAUCGACAAGUCUAAGUGGACUUUGAUGUCUUUUCAUAAGUUGGGUUUUAGUGAAUAUGAGAUAUUGGAUUGUCUUGAUGAGGAUAAUGUGAUAGGGAGAGGAUCUUCAGGGAAAGUUUACAAGGUUGUGCUUAGUAAUGGAGAGGCUGUUGCGGUGAAGAAACUCUGGAGAGGUGUGAAAAAGGGUUGCAAUAGCUUAGAUCUCGAGAAAGGUCAGGCUCAGGAUGACGGGUUUCAAGCUGAGAUUGAGACAUUGGGGAAAAUUAGGCACAAGAAUAUUGUUAAGUUGUGGUGCUCGUGUACUACCAGGGAUUGCAAGCUUUUGGUGUAUGAGUAUAUGCCAAACGGUAGCUUGGGUGACUUGUUGCAUAGCAGUAAAGGUGGUUUGCUGGAUUGGCCGACCAGGUACAAGAUUAUUGUCGAUGCAGCUGAGGGGCUUUCUUAUUUGCACCAUGACUGCGUGCCUCCGAUUGUGCAUAGGGACGUCAAAUCUAACAAUAUCUUGUUGGAUGGGGACUUUGGUGCUAGAGUGGCUGAUUUUGGAGUUGCCAAGGUAGUUGAUGCAGCUGGAAAGGGUGUUAAAUCAAUGUCUGUCAUUGCCGGAUCUUGUGGUUACAUUGCUCCAGAGUAUGCAUAUACACUGCGUGUGAACGAGAAGAGUGACAUAUACAGCUUCGGUGUAGUUAUACUAGAGUUGGUCACAGGCAGACUCCCAAUUGACCCAGAGUUCGGAGAGAAGGACCUAGUAAGGUGGGUCUGCACCACUCUAGAUCAGAAAGGAGUGGACGAUGUUCUCGAUUCCAAGCUCGAUCCAUGUUUCAAAGAAGAAAUAUACAAGAUCCUCAACAUUGGCCUCCUGUGUACUAGUCCACUCCCAAUCAACCGACCAUCAAUGAGAAGGGUGGUUAAAAUGUUGCAAGAAGCUGGCGCUGAUAGCCUGCCAAAAACUGCUGCUAAAAAGGAUGGGAAAUUGACUCCUUACUACUACGAAGAUGGCUCAGAUCAAGGGAGUGUAGCUUGAGAAAAAAGAAAAGAAAAGAAAAGGUUUUCCUCGUAGAUUUGUCCCAUAAACAAAGAGUAAUAGAAGGAUUGUGCGAGUGUGUUACGCCUCUAGUUUUUUUUUCUUGCCCUCAAGUUUUAGUUUUCAAUCAUUGAUCCCACUUGCUGUUUUGCUUUACAGGUCGGUUUAGUGGGGGACUGGGGGUGUGGGGUUGGGAAGAGUAGUAGGGUUUGGAAUUUUCUCGAAGACAGAAAGAGGGAGAAAAAAGCAGAGGCAGAUUUACUAUGGAGUUUAAUGUACACUGUAAAUUUCUUAAAAAUCAAAGUUAUAUUCCCACCUCUCCAAAAACAGCUAGAGAUAAUGAUGAAGUGUUGAAUGAAUAUUAGGACCCUGAAUCUGAUGUGUAGUGUAUGGUUCAGGUGACAUUUAAAUCACCAACUACCUUAUUAAUCUCCAUUCAACCCAAGUCAAACCCAUUUAGUUUCACUGUUCCAUGCUAUAAGAUUUUGCUUUUACAGUGGUUUUAA